AGACGUCGGUUGAAUCGGAUCGUAUCGGAUGGUAUCGUAUCGGAUUGGAUUGGAUCUGAACGGAACGGAAUCGAAAUCGGAAUACGGAAUACGAAACGGUUGGGCUUGGAGGGGAUCCGGAUUGUUUACGCGGAGUUUGCGAGGCGACAUCCUACAUCCGACGUGGUUCUCCAAUGUAAAAAUAACAAUUUUUGCUCCAAUAUGUGCGCGCGAAACUGAUUUUGAAACAUUUUCGAAAAAACCCCGAGCGAUACAGUAGUGUCAACCAGUGCAUUUGUCAGGGUCUUUGGAUUCACGGAUACACGGAUUCGAUACGGCGGUAUAUGAAAUUACCGAUCGAUUUUCGAGCGAGACAACGAGUAAAACCAGAAGCAAUUGAGCAUGAAAGUGGUGUGCUUGGUUUUUGAAUUCCUCACGGUGGUUCAGCUGCUGGUCGAAGCUCAGAGUGGCUAUGUGCAGGAGGCGAAGAGGGAGAUUUGGGACGCCAUGGCUCACCAUCGCCACAAUCAGCAGCAUCAGCACCACCACGGAUCAUCGCAUUGGGUGGAUGGGCGGCGGGUGCACCGCCUGCGGAUGCCCCACCCACAGCGCUGGAGUGGGCGGCGGCGAUCACUCCAUCACCACCACCAGCCCUUCAGCCGCUGGUCGCAGUGGUCACCCUGCGACGAGGAGUGCGUCCGGCGGCGGGAGCGCUUCUGCAAGGUGAAGCGCAAGUGCGGACACACCAAGCACGUGGAGCAGAGCAAGUGCAGCCAUUGUCAUCCUGCACCUGCAGUAAAGUGGCAGACGCCGGUAAUUCUGGAUGAUAGCCACAUCCGCGAGAGAAACCCACCGCUUCCGCAACCACAGCCACAACCACAGCCACAACCGCAACCACUACCACCACCUCCACCGCCUCCGUCGAUAAUUAUCAAUGCGGCGGCUGCGGCGUCAAGUGGACCCACCGUUGAUUAUCGCCACACGGAGUACAAGCCCCCACCGAACUAUGCUCCACUUUAUCCAUCCACACAUCCACCGAUUUAUGCGCCAACUUACCCUGUCACUUAUCCUCCAGCCCACCCACCCACUUAUCCUCCAACCCACCCACCCACUUAUCCGCCAACUUAUCCACCAACUCAUCCGCCAACUCAUCCGCCAAUUCCUCCAACAAAUUCUGAAGAAGUGGUUCGCCACCUGCCCAAAUAUCCGGGCCAAGAUAUAUUUAGCGACGAGGAUGUGGAGGAUGAACCUGAACCCGAACCUGAUGAAGACUUAAUAAGUUCCGAUGAGCAAGGUGACUUCUUUGUGCUCAAACAUCAUCGCCACCGAAGAAGGCAAAAUCAUGGAAGGCCCUCCCAUAGGAAACUUCCAAAGGAGGAGGACUAUGAUGACGAGGACUUUGUGGACUUUGGCGAGAGAAAGUCACUGAGACACAAGCAUUUGGGCGAGGAUACCAGUGUGGAGGGUGAUGUUUUCCAGUACGAGGACUUCGAUAUGCCCGACACCAUGUACGGGGAUUCCGAGGAAUCGGAGGGGGAAUUCCGCAACAUCAGCUGGGUGCAACCAGCCAAGGAUGGAGUAGCUCUAAGGCGACGCAGGGUCUACUCCAAGUGGAGCAGAUGGACCAAAUGUUCGCCAAAAUGUACGACACGGAGAUACAAGAAGUGCCGCCUCAUCGAUCAGUGUGGCCGGGAAGUUCUCCGUGAGAUCGCCUACUGCUACACGGAGGGCAGCUUCUGCCAGCAGUGGCUGCAGACGCAGUUCCAGAAGACUCCGGCCUUCGAGACGCGACCGGGAUCGGGGUCACCGGCCAGUGCGAUGCGUAGGAUGCAAUCGGAGCAGCCGGAAAGGUCCAUGAAUGACCUCAACUACAUCAUGACGGGAAAGGGUUAUCGCGGACCGGAGUACACUCCUCUGAAACUGAGCUGCGGCAUUGUUCGCAGCGGAACGGGACGGAGGAGCAUGUCCAACAUGCUGAAGAUCAUCGGAGGACGGGCGGCGCGCAAGGGCGAGUGGCCAUGGCAGGUGGCCAUCCUGAAUCGCUUCAAGGAAGCCUUCUGUGGCGGCACCCUCAUUGCUCCUCGUUGGGUGCUGACCGCCGCCCAUUGUGUGCGUAAGGUUCUAUUUGUUCGAAUAGGUGAACACAAUCUCAACUAUGAAGAUGGCACGGAGAUACAGCUGAGGGUGAUGAAGAGCUAUACGCAUCCCAACUUCGAUAAGCGUACGGUGGAUAGCGAUGUGGCACUGUUAAGGUUACCCAAGGCGGUUAAUGCCACCACUUGGAUUGGAUACUCCUGUUUGCCGCAGCCCUUCCAGGCGCUGCCCAAAAACGUGGACUGCACCAUAAUUGGCUGGGGAAAACGGCGCAAUCGGGAUGCCACGGGCACCAGUGUGCUCCACAAGGCCACCGUGCCCAUCAUUCCGAUGCAGAAUUGCCGCAAGGUCUACUACGAUUACACCAUCACUAAGAACAUGUUCUGUGCCGGACAUCAGAAGGGGCACAUUGACACGUGUGCUGGAGACUCGGGUGGACCGCUCCUGUGUCGGGACACCACAAAGCCCAACCAUCCGUGGACCAUAUUUGGCAUCACCUCGUUCGGCGAUGGAUGCGCCCAGCGAAACAAGUUUGGCAUCUAUGCCAAGGUGCCAAACUAUGUGGACUGGGUGUGGUCGGUGGUGAACUGCGAUGGCAACUGCAAGAUGCACUAGCAUCCGGCAUCUCGGUGGGUACUUAGUAGACAUGGACUUGGGUCCGUCAAGUUGCAGAGGCUGUGAAAAACUAAUUUACACUUUAAGUGUCCGAUACGUGGGAGAAAUCUUCGCAUGAUCACCACAUCACAAUUAUUGUGUGCUCAUUUUUAACUAGAAGAUGCAAAGGAACAAUGUCAAUUGUAAUGUAGACAACCAAAUAUUUAUGUAAAUUAAUUCUAAAUCAUCUACUAAUUGAAAGUGUCUCCCACGAAAUCCCCUAAUAUAGUUACAAUUCUAACUUUCCUAAUGUACAUAACUGAACUCCUUAUGUUGUAUGCUAAAAAGAUACUAAUCAAAUGAUUAAUUUAUUUUUUAAGGUAAAUAUAAGUACAGUAAUCGUAAGUGAAAACAGGAAUCUGAGAUUUAAGAUUGUAAUAUAAUAAAUAAAUCUGAAGACGAUA